GCCUUUCUCGUUCUGCCUGGAAGCUCCUUCGAGGUCGUCGCGAAGUUCUCUUGUUCAUGACCUUCGAGCAGCUCAGUGCCUUUCAUUACACUUGUGUCUUUCCUUGUGACACAGUCACUUAACACAUCCACCUCCAGAGCACCAUGGCUGCAGAUGUUAGCUAUGCUGCAUCUCAAAUUGUGUCCACAGAUCGCACCCGUGACCCGGACUCCGAUCAGUUCUCCUUUGUUCCCUUCUUACGCAAGAACUAUGGCUUCGGCCUCGUCAGCGACGUCCCUGUAUGCAAGGCUUACAGCGAAGGGCAUUGCCCAUUGGGCCCUGCUUGCCCCGAUCGGCACCCGACCCCUUCACGAGUAACCACGUCGACGACCACGGCCUCCGGGUUAGCGCCAUCAACCACUCACGGAUCCCUUGUCUGCAAGCACUUUCUCAAGGGCCUCUGCAAAAAGGGUAUCAAGUGCGAAUAUCUUCACGAAUACAACCUUCGGCGCAUGCCGGAAUGUCAGUCUUUCUCCCGGUCCGGAUACUGCCCAAACGGGGAUGACUGCUUGUACCAGCACGUACGCGAGCAGGCGCGCCUCCCUCCAUGCGAACACUACGACCAGGGAUUCUGUCCGCUCGGUCCUAUAUGUGCGAAGCGACAUGUCCGUCGGCGUCUUUGUCAAUACUACCUUGCUGGGUUCUGUCCCGAGGGCGCUUCUUGCGCGGACGCCCAUCCGCGAUGGUCUGAGAACUUGCCCAAGCCAUCGAUACGAGUGGAGAAGACAGAAGAGGAGCUAGAGAAUGAGAGGAACUUAAUUCGCGAAGAACAGGAGCGGGAGCGAGAAAGAGAGCGAGAAUGGAGGAGCGAACGUGGUCGUGGUGGAUUUGGAAUGCGCGGCCGGUAUCGUGGCAGAGGGCGAGGGUAAAUCCAACCGAUAUGACGGCGGAAGCUUACAUCUAUACAUCUACAUACAUCAAGGUCCAUGAAGGCUGGAGAAUCGUCAGUCAGAAAUUGACCGAUUGUCGCUCUCGGUUGAUCGACUUACCCAGGAGUAUUCCAUCGAUACGUGUCUCCGAACUGCCGCACCAUGUGCGCCAUAUGCGCCAAAUCCAAACAACCUACUCAAACCACGGGGUCUGAAUGACGACAAAUGUCAGACACGCAAGCGGGUUUGAAAUAUACAGAAGCAAACUCUGGCAGAGGGACGGAUAUUCACGACUUUUGAUUCGAUUCAUUCGCCCUUAUCAAACUUUAAGGUCUGAUGUCAUGAUAACUGAUUCCACAUGUACACUUGCAGUUGGAAUUGUUUACUCUAGAUAGUUGUUGUAAAUACAUAGGGGCCAAUGGUCACCAACAAUACGAGUAUAUUAAUUUGAACUAUUCCCUA